GUUCGAGACUGCCGCUGGAAAGGUCUAUAGUCUGCAGACUAUGCAUGUAUAAAAGUUGUUUUUUUAUGUUGUGCAGACUAUCUACAGAUACGGGUUAUACUAUGCACUAAUUUUUGUUUCUAGAUCCUUCGUUAGCACCAGACUGGUCUGAUUGGCUUGCAGAUUUUCAAAUGUUUUAUGCCGGGAUUAAGAAGUGAACGUCACACUUUCAAUCUGUUGCUCAGGCUUUCUAUGCCUUGCGUGUGACACACUGCUUGCUUGGAUGCCUGCAAGCGGUCAAUGUGGGUCAAGCUGAGAGCUCUGCGGUUCACCCAGGAGAGGUGCACAAGAAAAUCCAGACUUUCGUCCGCAAAUAUCUUUUGUGCGAGAGACCUACAGAAGGGCUCUUUAUGUCCCUCUGUCCGGUGGUGGUCGCAAGCGAGGCCUGCACCGUUAUUGCCAUCACCAUAGUCUGAAGACCUACAGCAGGGCUCUGUCUGGCUCUGCGUCGCUCUGUCCAGUGGUGGUUGCAAGCGAGGCCUGCACCGUAAUUGCCAUCACCAUACUCUGAAGACCUACAGCAGGGCUCUGCCUGGCUCUGCGUCCCUCUGUCCAGUGGUGGUCGCAAGCGAGGCCUGCACCGUAAUUGCCAUCACCAUAGUCUGAAGACCUACAGCAGGGCUCUGCCUGGCUCUGCGUCCCUCUGUCCAGUGGUGGUCGCAAGCGAGGCCUGCACCGUAAUUGCCAUCACCAUAGUCUGAAGAAGCUACUCUCUCGCACAAACGAUCUGGAGCCUGGCUUUCUCCAAGACAUCACUGAUGGGAAGCUCUAUGGAGAGUCCAAUUUUUUUAUUGCUGGUGAGAACACCAUUCAGCUACUAUUAUUUCAGGAUGCAUUUGAAGUUGCUAACCCUUUAGGAUCUGCCAGAAAAAAACACAAAAUCUUGGGGAUGUACUACACCAUCGCUAACAUGCCACCAUUCGCUCAAACAAAAGUUCAUGCGAUGCAGUUAGUAAUGUUGUGCUAUGAGUCCACCUUACAAAAAGUGGGACAUGAUGUUGUGAUGAAGUCUCUUGUAUCAGACCUUGCAGAUCUUGAAAAAGAUGGUGUUACAGUAAAUGGAGUCAGAUACAACUGCGGCUUGUUGUCAUGUCUCGGUGACAACCUCGGAAGCCACGGGAUAGGGGGCUUUGUAGAGUCGUUUUCAAGGUCAAAAUAUUUCUGUCGCUUUUGCGAAGUGACAAGAGAUGCCUUUAUGGCCGAUUUUAGAUCGAUGGGACCUCGCCGUACGGCUGAGAGCUAUGAAAAAUGUCUAAAGCGCAUCAAGGAAGAAGGACUAGACUCAUGUCUUGGGGUUAAGUUUGACUCAUCCCUAAACUCACUCCUGAGUUUUCAUGCCACGUCUGGCCUGCCCCCGUGCAUUGCUCACGACCUAUAUGAGGGUGUAGUCCCAUAUGACCUAUCGCUUAUCCUUCGGAGACUCGCCAUUGAGAAGAAGUGGUUCAGCAUUGAGGAACUCAAUUCAAGAAUAGCGAACAUGAAGCUUAAGGGGCAUGACUCUAAGAACCGGCCGUGCAAAGUUUCCUGUGAAGGAAACUGUAGAGGAGAGGCAGUAGAGACAUUUUAUCUUGUCAGAUUUUUGCCCGUCCUGCUCUUUGACAAGGUCAGAGAUGUGGAAGAUGAGGCGUGGCAGCUAUACCUCAUCCUAAAAGACAUUGUAACCAUCUUGGCAUCGCCUCAACUUCAUGUGACUCAAAUAGAGUACUUGCGUGCUCUCAUUGAUGACUAUUUGUCCCGUAGGGUACAUCUGUUUCCUGGCAUAGCUCUAAAACCCAAACAUCAUUAUCUGAGGCACUACCCCGACCUCUGCUACGAAUACGGUCCAUUGUGCCAUUUGUCAACGCUUCGCUUUGAGAGCAAGCAUUCCUACUUUAAGCGAAUCAUACGCAGCACUCAAAAUUUCAAAAAUAUUACUUACUCUAUGGCAAGGAAGCACGAGAUGCUUCAGUCAUAUUGCAGAGCGGGCAAGCUUUUUCCAGAUGAAUUGCUUCAAGAGCAUGCAUUGUCUUUUGUAGAGGGAAUGUAUUCAAAAGAACUCACUGAUGGUGUAGUGAGCUGUGGCAUUCAACUGUCAGCUGCUGAAGUUAGUCAAACAUUGGUGUAUCGAGGGACAGAGUAUGUGGCGGGGUCGGUAAUUUUUUUCCAACAGUGUAGGGAGCCAAUGGCUGGCAAAAUAGUUUGCUGUAUCGUUGAGCACGGGAAGGUUGUGUUUGCGGUAGAGGCAUGCAAAAUAACAACAUGGGCAAGCAUGGGACUGAAAAUUGUAAAUUGUUGCAGAGGUAGUUUUCUGUGUGUUGCUUACAGUCAGCUUCUGGAUUUUUCUCCUUUGCACAUUUAUGCCUGUGGAACAAGGAAUGUGGUUUCCUUGAAACAUGAUGUGGAAUAUACUCCUUACCUGUAGAGCCCUGUGUAUCUGUGGGUAUCCACAGUGAACUGGUGGAUGCAAUAUCUUAAUAAAAAGAAAAUCAAACAGCUUAUGAAGUGUGACUGCGAGGGAAUCUUUUUUAAUUCACGCUUGUGUUUAUGAUAUAGGAGAAAUGUAAAGGAACACUUUGGAUGACCGGUAGAAAAGAAAGUCGAAGAUACAGUUCAGGUGUGGGUAUAAAGUCUCCAGAUGCAGAUUGCAUGAUCAGAUCGCUGUAUUCAUGCAGGGUUUUGCAUAUCUGUAGUUCUCAUCACAGUGAUGCUUUGCCAGGCUCCUUAACGCUUUAGAAUGCCUUUAUAAAAAUAGCUAAGUGUCUCCUGUCACUUUUUUUUUUUUGAUAGUAAAGGAAAUUUAAUCUAAUCACAUUGACUGUAUUUCUCCCCUAAAAUAAAGAUGGACUCUGUAAGGGCAACUAUAACACAACUGGUACCCGAGAUACCCGAUGACCAACUUGACGCACUGGUGACCCACCUUGUGGAGGAGGGAUACAGUACAGCAAAAGACCUUCUAUACUUGGAAGAACAGGACUUAAAGCCUUUCCUCAAGACCUUGCAUAUCAGGAAGCUUUUACAUCUCAUAAAAUCUGGGUCCCA